UACUUUGAUGUACUUCCAUUUGAUUACAAGAGUGGGAUAAUUGGAGGUAAACUAAACAUGACAGAUGUAUAUGUUCAUGGACUGAGUGCAUGCAAGGUAAUAGAGGUUAGGCCGAAGUUGGAUGACCCAAAAAAGUUCUACUUGGACUAUGACUGUUAUCUACCCUACUUGAACUUGAAGUCAUUCUACCUUCUGAAAGGGAAUGUUGUAUCGGUCCCGGUUGACAUUAAAGGACGAAUAGACAUGCUGUUUGAAAAGUUGAAUGUCACUUACAAAAUAACUGGUGACAUAAAGACUGUCAAGGACCAUGAAUAUCUAGAUCUUGAGAGGUUUACCUGGGAUUUCUUUUCAAACGGCAUUCACAAAGCUCAACUUGUAAACCAUGAUAUUGUAGAUGGGAGACCAGCCCUCAAUCAGCUGGUGCGAACUGUCCUUAAUGCUAACUGGAAGGCUCUUGUAUGGCAAAUGUUACCAGUAAUCAUACCAGAAUCCGACAAAAAGCUCAAACGUAUCUUUACCAAGUUCUUUGAUAGCAACCCCAUGGACGUUAUCUUUCCUAAAAUGCCACCCAAAGACAACAAAACCGAAGAUAAAGAUGAACAUAAAAAAGAAGAAACGGAAACAGAUAGUGAUAAAGGAGACAAAAACAAAGAUACUGAUAAAAAAGAAGAUAUGGAUAUAGAUAAGGACAGGAAAGAAGAAAUGGAAAAAGACAAGGACAACAAAGAGACAAUGGAAAAAGAUAAGGAUCACAACAAAGAAGUAAUGGAGAAAGAUAAGGACCACAACAAAGAAGAAAUGGAAAAAGAUAAGGACCACAACAAAAAAGUAAUGGAUAAAGAUAAGGACCACAACAAAGAAGUAAUGGAUAAAGAUAAGGACCACAACAAAGAAGAAAUGGAAAAAGAUAAGGACCACAACAAAGAAGGAAUGGAAAAAGAUAAGGACCACAACAAAGAAGGAAUGGAAAAAGAUAAGGACCCCAAAGAAGUAAUGGAUAAAGAUAUUAAGGAUCACAACAAAGAAUUAAUGGAAAAAAAGGACCACAACAAAGAAGUAAUGGACAAAGAUAAGGACAACAAAGAAGUAAUGAACAAAGAUAAGAACGAAAAAGAAGAUAUGAAAAAAGAUAAUGAGAAGAAUCAAGAUUUAGCUAAAGAGAAGGAUAAGUAGGAAACCUUAGACAAAGAAAAGAAUAAAAUAGUUAAAAUU